AUGGGAAAACCCGAUACCAACGCCUUGGACUUUGGCUUGACUCCAUCAGCGACCGGGGCCACACCGACCAUCCUCACGCAGCCACAGUAUGCACCUCCGACAAAGACCGACUUGUCUUGGACACUCUUCAUGAUCUAUGCGUGCAGCUUCUUGGAGGGUGCAGACGUUCAACUUCUUCCGGCAUCCUACCGGGCCAUUGAAUCAGAGCUUGGGCUUUCGCCCAGCACCUUGGCAGCCGCGAACUUGUUCCAGGGCAUUACCCUGGCAGGAUUCUCAGUUUUCUGGGGCGUGCUCUCCGACAACGGCAUCCUUGCUCCCCAUCAAAUUCUCUACGGAGGUUGCACGGCAUGGGGCAUCUUGACACUCUUAACAGCCGCGAUUAACGACACUAGCUGGAUCCUUAUCAUCAGGCUCUUCAAUGGUGUCGCGUUGGCAACUCUUUCUCCUACCACGCAGUCCUUGAUCGCCGGCGUAGCCCCACCACAGGAGCGAGGUCGCUACUUCUGCUGGCUCGGCUUCAUGCUUGGCCUUGGCGCGAUGUUUACAGCAAUCCUGACGACAGCGAUCUCUAACAUGGUUUUCUAUCCUGGCAUCAAAGGAUGGCGCGUGGCAUUCGCACUCAUCGGUGUGGUGAGUGUUGUUCUUGGGCAAUUUGUUAAACGCUUCGCCGUGCUCCCAGCUGAUCUGGCGCAGUGGGAAGAGAAGAUUGACAAGGAGAAGAACGAGCCAGAGACGCCCGGUCGGGAGCCUUUGAGCUUCAGCAACGAGCUGAAGACGAUGAUGCGCUUCUUCGAGGUAUGGUCGUUUUCUGUCAUCGUUCUCCAGGGCUCUUUCGGAUGCAUCCCUUGGUCUGCCAUGGCCUUCGGGACAAUGUUCCUGCAGUACAGUGGCGUUUCCGAUCUCACCGCAGGGUGCAUCUCCAGCGUCAUGCUCUUGUGCUCGUCCUUUGGAGUGUUAAUUGGCGGAUAUGUCGGGGACCACAUGAAUAGGUGGAGCCGAUUUCAUGGCCGGCCCUUCACUGCUCAGAUCGCGACUGGAAUCGCCGUUCCCACAGCCGUCAUCUUCUACUCUGUCUUGCCACGCAGUCCUGACAGUGUGGGAGCUUGGUUCCUGCUCGUGAUAGUCUUCGGCCUCGUGUGCACCUGGUCAGAGUUCGGCGUGAACCGACCUAUUUUGACGGAAGUCGUUUCCGUGAAGCAUCGGGCUAGGAUUCUGGGAGUGAUGUGUGCCAUUGCCGGCUCUGCUGGAGCGAUGGGUGGGCCUUUAGUCGCCCUCAUCUCCGAGCAGUGGUUUGGCUACAAGACACAGCACCGUCCUCUCAGCGAAGUGCCCGAGGACGUCCGCAGGCAUAACGUGAAUGCAUUGGGACUGGGUCUCACGGUGAUGUGCGCAGUGCCGUGGACCAUCUGUUUCCUGGCCUACGGCGCACUACAUUGGACCUAUGAGGCUGAUCUGUCCAAACUUCACCGCUUCGAUGUGCAGACACCUCUGAACUCGAAGAGGGCUACACAAGCUCCAAAUCCUCCGCCACAGUUCGGGUAUGGCCAGGCUGGCCAGCCAUACGGACACCAGGCCGCAGGGACCUUUGGUCAACCGGUCAACCCGGGCUUCCAGGGCCAGCAGGGCCAGCCCUAUGGCCAAGGCGGUGCGUACAGCUUCGGGCAGCAAGCUCAGCAAGCACACGGAGCCUACUCGUAUGGCCAGCAGCCAGGCUACGGCCAGGCAUACGGUCAGCAGGCAUACGGCCAACAACCGGCAUACAGCCAGCAGGCUUACAGCCAGCAGGCCUACGGCCAGCAGCCGGCAUAUGGCCAGCAGCCGGCAUAUGGCCAGCCAGCGCAGUACCAGGCACAAGGCUAUGCCGGGCAGAACUACGCUUACAAUCAGCCUGAGCAGGUGCAGCGAUCAGCCGCGGAACAGCUGGAGGCACUCCGGCAGUCGUUCGGAAGUCUUGGCACAUCCCCAUCUGCCACUUUGACGACAUCUCCAGCUCCGAUGGCCGAUGCUUGCGCCUCCAAUCCCCUGUUUGCAAAGUUGCACAGUGCGCUGCAGAAGCUCGCCCUUCUGGAGCAGGACCCUGUCGAGGCAUCGUAUCAGAUUCACGAGGCAUGGGAAGAGAACCCGGCAUUGUUUGAUGCAUGCCCGGCUGGGGUGGUGACUGCUUUAGUAUAUCUUUCCAUAGCUCAGGACAGAGACUGGAAGUACCGACUUCUUCACCGAGCCACCUACAUGCUCUACGCAACGCCCGGGCUCAUGUCCAAAAUGGAGUCCGGCCGCUGGCCGAUGUCGGAUAGGCUGAUUAGAACCAUGUACCACAACUCCGAAGUUCUGGGUAAGCAGCCCUUGAGACUGGCUGAAGUUGAGGUGCAGCCUGGUCAAACAGCAGCCUCUCCGGCAGGUGGUCCUGGCAUGGGCGAGGCCGUGGACCUCGGAAUGAGACACCGGGACUCCGUGCCGGUUCAUUUCACCACGGUCCUGUUCUAUCAUUUCUACCAUCAGGAGCGAUCUCCAUGUGCGUGCCGCACGCGUUCUUGGUGUUUGCCGUUCUGGACGAGGUAUGUGACCAACAGCUCAGUCGAUGUGUGGCUCGCGGCCCGUGAUGAGCAGAAGACGCUCUAUCGGAUGGACCGUAGCGGAUGCCUUCGCAACUCUGGGCACAGUUUGUCAUCAAACUACUUUGCGGAGCCCAUUGACCUGAUGUUUGUCUUCGAAAUCAACGCCUUGAUGCAUCCCAUGACGCGGGUGAUGCCGGCACGCCGGGUUCUGCUAUACCCGACGUACGAUUUGUCAGAUGAUCAAAUCUCGAACUUCGAGGACCUUGGCGUUUCUGUGCUGCCGGAUGAUGCCAUCCUGAAGCCGCCGAAUCCAUCGUUUAGAAAGACGCUCGAUGAGGCCAUUAUGCAGAGACAGAGGCGCCUUCAGAGACCCAAGGACAAGUUGCUGAUUUUCCCAGCAGAUAUCCGGCCGAUAAAGGGGCAGCUGGACUUCCUCUCGGGGCUGCUCUUCGAAGGGGCCAGGAAGCCAUCCGCCGUCCAGCGCCUGCGCGGGCUCACUAUCGUCGUGGCCGGCGGCUGCGACGGGAACCAGACCUACUGCAAUGAGGUCGUGACGCUGACGCAGAAGAUCAAUGCCGAGAAGCUGCUCAAUGUCGUCGUGGCGGACCAGCUAAAGGACGAAGAGCUUGCACAACUUUUCACGGCUUCCUUGGGAAUUGUCAUGCAUUCGGUGAUUGACUGCAACCCUCGAGUGAUCUACGAGGGGCUGGUCACCGACACCCCCUUCUAUGUCACAGAGUCCACCCGCUUGCCGCCUUUGGUCCAACACCUCGGUCACGUCACAGACGGAGACCCAGCAAUGGUUGCCGAGCGGUUGGCAGACUUUGUUGAGCUUUGCGAGGCUGGCGGCUUUACAGGCCGUCCAAGAGAGUUUGCUCGUAGGCACUUGACCGAGGCUGAUAUCUACAGGAAAAUGGUAGAGUGGAUGGAUCAGAAGUAUCUGAGUGGCGUAGAGUCUCAGCCCAUCAUCCGCGGGGAGGAAGCUCUCGACAGCUUCGGCGGUGGCCUGGGCAACAUCCUGGGAGGAGCUGGCCUCGGGGGUCUUGGCGGCCUUGGGGCGAUGGGAGGUGGGACUGCCGCGAAAGGUGGAGCAUUCGGAGGUGCUGCCGGCGCAGGCUUCUCCAUGAAGGAGCCAGUGCGGCGGUAG